AUGCUUCGCCCUCUUGGGCGCAGACCUUGGACGUGUCGCAAGUGUCUGUCUUCCCAGCGAUCACGAACCUUCGAAAGCGCUGCCUCGACAAUCCCACGAGCCCAUACAAGUUACAUCCCAGCCGACCAUGGCGCCUCGGGGAAGAAAGCCGAUGAUGACACCUUACGACGGGUCUUCGACUCUCGACAAUUUUGGAAGGACUUCUCAUACAAGCGUGGUUUAGGGUCAAAGCGGACGGGGUUGGUUCAGAAUCAAUACCUCACCAGCCCAGAAGGAUUUCGUCAUUUUGCCAAUGUCUCGCUGCAGAAAUGCCAGGCUAUUGUGACAAAAGUCUUGCAAGCGUCUACCUUGGAUGAAUACCGGGCGCUUGCACGGAACCUCGAUCGACUGAGCGACCUUCUGUGUCGUGUGAUCGAUCUGUCCGACUUUAUUCGGACCAUCCAUGCAGACCCUCAAAUACAGGAAGCUGCGACGCAGGCGUACGCACUCAUGUUCGAGUAUAUGAAUGUUCUGAACACGACCACCGGUCUGCAUGACCAGCUGAGCAAGGCGAUCGCGAACCCGGACGUGACUUCACAUUGGACCGAGGCCGAGACUAUUGUGGCGCAGAUUCUGAUGAAGGACUUUACCAAUUCUGCCAUCCACAUGCCACCAAGUGAAAGACAGCGAUUUGUCAACCUGUCGAACGAUAUCAGCCAGGUUGGCUCGGACUUUUUUGGAGGUGCAGAGCCCGCCAAAUCCCAGGUGGUCUUCAGCGCCAACAGCCUCCAGGGACUAGAUCCGCUGAUGGUGCAGCGGAUCAAGAAAUGGAACAACAAAGCCCCCGUACCGACUGCGGGUAUCGUCCCUCGACUUGUGCUCCGGUCUGUGAGGGAUGAGGCAGUUCGGAAGGAAGUUUAUCUUGCGACCCGCACGUCAAGCUCUCGACAGAUCCAUCGCUUGGAGAAACUCUUGAUGAAGAGAUCGGAGCUGGCUCAACUCUCCGGGUACAGUAGCUUUGCCAACAUGACCCUCAGUGAUAAAAUGGCCAAAACCCCCGAAGCAGUCUCAAAUUUCCUGACGUCUCUGAUUUCGAGCAAUCGGGGUCUUGUGAGCGAAGAGCUGGCCCAGCUGCAACAGAUGAAGGGUGGCGCCCUGCAGCCCUGGGACCAUGCGUACUAUGUGCACAAGCGCGUGAUGGAGUACUCCCAAGCCCGCCGGUCGCGCGAGUUGAGCGCCGUUCCUGAGUUCUUCUCCCUCGGGACGGUCAUGCAGGGCCUGUCGCGGCUUUUUGACCGUCUCUACGGCGUUCGACUGGUACCGCAAGAGACGGCUGCCGGAGAGACCUGGCAUCCAGAUGUCCGCCGGCUGGAUGUGGUGAACGAGGCGGAGCAGCACAUCGCCGUGGUCUACUGCGAUCUGUUUUCGCGACCCGGCAAGCAUCCGAAUCCUGCGCACUUUACACUCCGCUGUUCGCGCGAGAUUUUGGCGGAUGAGGUCGCCGAAUGCGCCUCGAUGGAUGGAUCCGUGCAUCCCAACGACGGCAUGGCCACUGCCGUUGACCCCAAGACCAAUACGCUGCGCCAAUUGCCCACCAUCGCUCUGGUGUGUGAUUUCCAAGAACCUGCGCCCAAUGCCUCCGGACGCCCAACUCUGCUGAGCGAGCAGAGCGUGCGCACUCUAUUCCACGAAAUGGGUCAUGCGGUCCAUUCGAUUCUGGGCCAGACGCCUCUCCAAUCCAUCUCCGGCACUCGAUGCUCGACCGACUUUGCCGAGCUCCCCUCGGUACUGAUGGAGAGCUUUGCGACCGCACCCGAAGUCUUGGCCCUGUAUGCUCGGCAUUGGCAAACCGACGAGCCCCUGUCGGAGAGCAUGAUGCGGAGCAUGGACCAGGACCGUCAGGCACACGGCUCCAUCUACGGGGCCGUUGAGAACGAGGCACAGAUUCUGAUGGCGCUGGUGGAUCAGGCGUACCAUUCCAUUCCUUGCGAUCAGGCCGCCAAGGGGAUCGACACGACCGAGAUCUAUCACCGGGUGUUCAACCAGUACUCCAGCCUGCCCGAACCUGACGAGAUUCGGCCACGCACCUCCUGGCAAGGUUUCUUUGGACAUCUGUACGGCUAUGGCGCUACCUACUACAGCUACAUCUUUGACCGGGCGAUCGCCAACAAGAUCUGGCAGGACGUCUUUCUGUCCGGGCAGGCUGCAGUGGACCGUUCCGCUGGAGAACGAUACAAGAACGAAGUACUCCGUUGGGGCGGUGGCCGCACCGGGUGGGAAUGUGUUGCCGGAGUCCUUGGAGAGAACAAUCCUUCGAAUGCGGAUGGGCGAUUGGUGGAAGGUCGUGAUGAAGCCAUGCGCGAGGUUGGCCGUUGGGGUCUUGGACGAGACGGUGUGUCUGGCUAG